UUAAAGCAAUUCACACCGAAGGAAUUGAAAACAGCAGAGCUUCACUGCUUUUCCCCUUCGUCGUCUUCUUCGCCAAGUAAAUACAGGUAGGGUUUUUUUCUCGCCGGCAAUCAUUUCGGAGGAGUUCAUGGAUGGAGGCCUAAGAAGCUAGCUCCCCAGAUCGAGCUUCUGUGGUUGUUUCCUUUGUCGCGUGCUGAGUGUGAGCGCGUCAUGGCUGGGGUUCGGUUCUCGGUUUUCAAGUCACUUCGUAGUUCGAUAAACCAUUCGUCUAAACUCCAGUCCUUCCAAGUCUAUAAAUGUUUGUCGACAUUAGGUGGAUAUGUUGAUCGAAGACCAAGCAAAUCAUCGACGGGAUUUUCCAAUUUCCCGAUGAAGGAGCCUUGCCCUUCUUUCAAGCUCUUAAAUGCGCAUAUUGGGACAAUUGUUUCGGGAUCUUCUCUUGAUGGAAGUCCUUACAGAGCAACUCCUGUCCUUUCAAUUGUCUCCUCGCCAUCGAAUAUCCGUCUGCACAAUGCCAGGGCUUUCAUUUUGACAAGCCCUUUGCUCAGUCAUGCACGAUCUUUCAGCACAAAUUCUGAUAAACCAGGGAAUCUUAUAGCCCCGGGUGCUACUGGUAGCAGUAGUGAAGUCAGUGGUGGUAAUCAUGGUGGUAGUGAGAUUGACUGGGUAGAUAAGGUUAAAGACGUGUGGCAGACUACUGUAAAUACUGCGGCUGAUACUGCUCGGAAGGCUCAAGAAGCCACUGAUGAGCUGAAUCCUCAUUUUCAGCAGUUGUUAGACUCACACCCAUAUCUUAAAGACGUGGUCGUUCCUGUUAGUCUCACUCUGACUGGUACUGUACUGGCCUGGGUAGUAAUGCCUAGACUUUUAAGGAGGUUUCACAGAUAUGCAAAGCAAAGUUCGGCUGCUCUACUUCCUGGAGGGUUGUCGCAGGAAGAUGUUCCAUAUGAGAGGAGUUUCUGGGGUGCUUUGGAGGAUCCAGUACGAUACGUGGUGACCUUCAUGGCUUUCGCACAAAUUGGCAUGAUGGUUGCGCCUACAACCGUAGCAUCACAGUACCUUACCCAGGCAUGGAGCGGGGCUGUUAUCCUUUCGUUCGUGUGGUUCCUACAUCGUUGGAAAACAAAUGUGUUUGCUCGAAUGUUGUCUGCUCAGACUUUAGCAGGGAUAGAUCGCGAGAAGUUGCUGACACUAGACAAAGUCUCAUCACUUGGUCUUUUUGUAAUUGGGAUGAUGGCGUUGGCAGAGGCCUGUGGGGUGGCUGUUCAAUCCAUCUUGACAGUUGGUGGAAUUGGGGGAGUGGCUACUGCUUUUGCUGCCAGAGACAUCCUUGGUAAUGUUCUGAGCGGUCUGUCCAUACAAUUCUCAAAGCCUUUCUCGCUGGGAGAUACGAUAAAAGCUGGAUCAGUGGAGGGUCAGGUGGUGGAAAUGGGACUUACGACUACGUCAUUGCUGAAUGCUGAGAAAUUUCCGGUUUUAGUGCCAAAUUCUCUGUUUUCUAGUCAGGUGAUUGUGAAUAAGUCACGCGCCCAGUGGCGAGCCAUAGCGUCCAAGAUCCCACUACAAAUAGAGGACUUGGACAAGAUCCCUGAGAUAUCAGAUGAAAUCAAGGGAACAUUAAGGGCAAAUGCCAAAGUCUUCUUAGGGAAGGAAGCUCCUUACUGCUACUUGUCCCGGGUGGAAAAAUCUUUUGCAGAACUCACCAUUGGGUGCAAUCUCAAACACAUGAACAAAGACGAGCUAUACGCAACGCAACAAGAGAUUCUUCUGGAGUCGGUGAAGAUUGUAAAGAAGCAUGGUGCCUCGCUGGGUAAUUCAUGGGAUCCCACUACGUUUGGUUAACGUCUGACCAAAGAGAGUGUUGCCUUUGCAAGGUAAAUAAAUAGCUAACUCUCUUUUCCUCCAUGGCUGCCAUCUCAUGACCUAUUAUGGGUUGUUUUCCAACAUCCAAAAGUUGCACGGAAAAUGCAGAUGGGAGGAUGGGUUUUUUUGUUUGAUUGUUCUGAGCAGUGUGCCCAAGCAAUCAUUGUCACGUCUGUUUGGAUAUUUCUAAUACGCAAAACAAGAGUUUGGUAUUUGCCUAAA